GUUUUGUGUAGAAGGAAACACCCCCAUUUUUGCUUAAACAUUUGAUCGAGUGUAGCAUGUUAUGCGUUAUAGGCAAUUUUUUUAAAAGCAAAAUGUAAUAUCCCCAUUUUGAAUACACCCCAAAAUGGUUAUUUUAUUCGAAUUUUACCCAUACGGAAAAAAAAAAAAAAGCGAGUUGCAUGAUGCAUAUAUGAAAAUAUUGUGCCUUUAUGUGGGCCCUACAUAGGUGUACCGUAAUGGCGUACAUAUUUACAGGCACAUAUUUACAAGUACGUAUUUUAUACGCAUAUAUACGCUGCGUAAUGCGCUUCGAAGCAGCGGCAUCAGCUGGGACGCAACAUCUGUAAAUUAGUGAAAAAAAGUUAAAGGAACUGCAAAGCUUUGGCGCUUUCUUGUACUCCUUCAUCUUAAACUCACGAAAGAGAGAUAUAUUUUUUUUUUUUUUUUUGGAGGCCCCCCUGUACCAUUUUGUAGAGCGUUUUUGCGUUUAUUUUUCAAAUUUUAUUUUUGCGCCUUAUGUACAACUUAUGUACAUGCAGCAUCACAUGAGGAAGGAAUUUUUUAUUUCAUAAAAUAUGCGUCACAAGGAACAAUUUUACGAAAAGAAAUAAGUGUUCACUGUUCGCUGUUCCCUUUUUUUUUAAAUUACAUGUAUGUAGCCGCUUUAACCAACGUUUUGGUAGCCACACUGUAUGCAUAAACGUAUUUAUACACAAAUGCAUGAGCAUUUAUAUUCACCCACCCCAACUCUUCCACGUUUUUCAUGAGCCCCAAGGCAACAUCCAUAUGCCAACGGAAUAAAUAAAUUUGAACCUACAUUAUAUAUGCGUGUAUGUUUGUUGGAACGGAGCCAUCCAAAUUGCAUAUACCUUUUUGUAGAAGCAAAAAAAUAAAAUAAAAUAAAAUAAAAUAAAAUAAAAUAAAAUAAAAUAAAAGUUAAAGGCCAAAAGUGUUAAGCUUCACGUAGGCACACCCCUUUGCGCAAACAAAAUUAAAGCUCCUCCGCGAAGCACUUUUCCGAGUGAAUCUGCCUCGAAUUUGACCUCACCUACAAAAAUAGAGCAGUUGACACAUCCCCGUAAAAAUGGCAUCGCUGAACAAGAAAAAUAUCGUGAAAAUUCUGGAAAGGUGUGUGAAGAAUAGCGUUUUGAAGGACAAGAGUCGCCAACUAUGCACGAGCAAGACUAACUUGAACAGAGCCUCCGGAGACAUAAUCGGUAUCGACUUAGGCACAACGAACAGCUGCGUUGCGAUUAUGGAGGGAAAGCAAGGAAAGGUGAUUGAGAACGCAGAAGGGUUUAGGACAACCCCCUCCGUUGUAGCAUUCACCAAUGAUAACCAAAGAUUAGUUGGUAUAGUGGCCAAGAGACAAGCAAUAACCAACCCAGAAAAUACGGUAUAUGCAACCAAAAGGUUUAUAGGCCGAAAAUUUGAUGAAGAUGCAACAAAAAAGGAACAAAAGAAUUUACCGUACAAAAUUGUUAGAGCGCCAAAUGGUGAUGCAUGGAUAGAGGCCCAGGGCAAGAAAUAUUCCCCAAGUCAAAUAGGAGCAUGCGUUUUGGAAAAAAUGAAAGAAACGGCUGAAAACUAUUUGGGAAGGAAAGUACACCAAGCUGUUAUCACAGUGCCUGCUUACUUUAAUGAUUCGCAAAGGCAAGCUACCAAAGAUGCAGGAAAAAUUGCAGGUUUGGAUGUCCUUCGAAUUAUUAACGAGCCAACCGCAGCGGCCUUAGCAUUUGGGUUAGAAAAGAGCGACGGGAAGGUCAUUGCCGUGUAUGAUUUAGGAGGUGGUACCUUUGACGUUUCCAUUUUGGAAAUUCUGGGAGGUGUUUUUGAAGUGAAGGCGACGAAUGGAAAUACGUCCCUAGGAGGGGAAGAUUUCGAUCAGAGAAUUUUAGAAUAUUUCAUAGCCGAAUUUAAGAAGAAAGAAAAUAUCGAUUUGAAAAAUGACAAGUUAGCUUUACAGAGGUUGAGGGAAGCAGCUGAAACAGCCAAAAUUGAGCUGUCCAGCAAGACACAGACGGAAAUUAAUUUGCCUUUCAUUACUGCGAACCAGACUGGACCAAAGCAUUUACAGAUUAAGUUAACCCGUGCAAAGUUGGAAGAGUUAUGCCAUGAUUUGCUAAAAGGAACGAUCGACCCAUGUGAGAAAUGCAUCAAAGACGCAAAUGUGAGGAAAGAUGAAAUUAACGAAAUUAUUCUAGUUGGUGGUAUGACCAGAAUGCCAAAGGUGUCCGAGACGGUUAAGCAGAUAUUUCAAAAUAACCCCUCCAAGAGUGUCAACCCGGAUGAGGCAGUUGCGUUAGGUGCAGCCAUCCAGGGAGGAGUACUAAAAGGAGAAAUAAAAGAUUUGCUGCUGCUAGAUGUGAUUCCCCUAUCUCUAGGUAUAGAAACCCUAGGUGGAGUUUUCACCAAAUUGAUCAACAGAAACACGACCAUCCCGACGAAGAAGUCGCAGAUCUUUUCCACCGCAGCUGACAACCAAACACAGGUGAGCAUCAAAGUGUUCCAAGGAGAAAGAGAAAUGGCAUGCGAUAAUAAAAUGUUAGGAUCGUUCGAUUUAGUGGGAAUUCCCCCUGCACCUAGAGGAGUCCCUCAAAUUGAAGUCACCUUCGAUGUGGACGCAAACGCGAUUAUUAACAUCUCCGCGAUUGACAAAAUGACCAACAAGAAGCAGCAAAUUACCAUUCAGAGUAGCGGCGGUCUGAGCAAGGAAGAAAUUGAGAAGAUGGUCCAGGAGGCCGAACUAAACAGGGAAAAGGACCAGCAGAAAAAGAACCUGACCGAUUCUAAAAACGAAGCAGAGACGCUGAUUUACAGCUCGGAAAAGCAGCUAGACGACUUCAAGGACAAAAUUUCGGAUGCCGACAAGGAUGAGCUGAGGCAGAGGAUCACCACCCUGCGCGAGAAAUUGUCAUCUGAAGACUUGGAAGCAAUUAAGGACGCCACGAAGCAGCUGCAGGAGAAGUCCUGGGCCAUUUCGCAGGAGAUGUACAAGAACAACGCUUCCCAGGGCGCGCAGCAGGAGCAGCCCAAGGGCGAGGGCAAGACGGAGGAGAACAAGGACAACGCGUAGGGGUGGUGAGGCGGUAUAGCGGUAUAGCGGCGAUGAUGUGAAAAACAAAGCAUAACGCGCAGAACGUGAAGACCCAAACCGUGUUGAGAACAGACCCGCGCAACGUCCCACUGCGCAACGUCCCAUCGCGCUGCCGUUCACCUCUCGCUUGUUGACAAUCGAACUGUAGGUGUAGCGUUUUUCACCUGAAUGUAGGCAGUGCGUGGGGCAUAUUCGCACAUGCUCCCUUUAGCCACGCGAAACCGAAGGGAACACCUUUGAAAACGCGCGUACCAUUUUAAAAUCAAUCGAGUGCCCCUCGUUUGCCACGCCACGUGCGCUAAGCGGAUGCACCAGAUUGUUUUUAAAAUGAAAAGGGGGUAAACAUUUUUAUUCCAUCCUUUCGCGUACCCCUUUUGAGCGGCUCUUCCUACGUCCCCUUUUUCACAACAAGGCGCACAGUAAAUUAUAUGUAAAUAUGUAUGCAUUUACUGCUUCAAACGUGGAACGCGAAAAAGCCCAGGCCUCCCAUCUGAAAGGGACAAAAAUCCCCCCGUGUGUCCACGUGCAUUUAAAAUUGCAUACGUAUACGGGGGCAUACACGCGCGAUGCGCGCACGUGCGUAUAUUUUUUUUUAAAAUGUUUUAAGUUAAACGAGCUGCAUGUUUUCCCUCGCUUGUGGUUGCGCGCGCAUGUAGGUGAGUGGUCAUUGGCCAGCAUCAUGAGGGUAGCCACAUGUGCAUACGCAUGAGAGCACCCCCUACGAUGUGC